AUGCUGUCAGUGCCAUCUUGGAAGAGGGAAUUUGAAGGUCUGAUCAAUGUUCCUCAUUGCUGAUUGCUGCCUUCAUUUGAAUGUCCCGGAAUGUCCGUGUUCGAUCCCCAGUUACACUAAAGUUCUUACUACAAGAACCUUCUUAUAUUGUGGAGAUCGUAUGAUAGGCAGACAUUACAGGAUAAAAUAGACUCUGUCUUAAACCCACAUAAUUAAACCUAACAAACAGUCGAGUAACAAAAGGAAAAAAUUUAUACACAUAACACUAAUGCACAGCACUUUUAAAUCCUAUUAUAGGAAAAUAAUAUAUUGAACAAAGCUGAUUAAAAUGAUUUAAUAAUAUGAAUGAAUGAGUACUAAAAGCAGUUUCCAUGUAUAAAAAGAUGAAAAGGGAUUUUCUCCAUAAAUAUAAAUAAAGUGCAUAUUUAUGAUUAUAUUCAUCAGGGAAAUAGGAGAGAGAAGUAUAGACUGCAGUUAAACUUACACAGCCAAAAAAAAAAAUAUAUAUAUAACCAAUAAAAUACCAAUAAAAAAUAUAUAUAAAACAUGGCAGAGUAGAUAAACAUGUAAUUACUAUUCAACGACAGGAAAUAAUUUAUAGUAUAAAUCCUUAAAAGAUAUUAUAUAUAAUCCUAAAAAAACCCAUCCAUAUAUGUCUUAAUAAAUUAGAUAAAAUUAUAAAAAAAAAACCCAAACAGAUUCUGUUAUUUUAAAAAAUGGCGAAUUUCACAAUCAUGAUUUAAGCCAUUAGGGAUCAUGGUAUUUAAUUUAAAUAUCCACCUCAUUUCUGCCUGCCUAAUUUUUUUAAUUAAAAUCACCACCUCGCCAAUCUCCCUUUAAUUUUUGAAUCCCAGUGAAUUCCAAUUUGGUGGGAUCUCUGAAAUGGAAUGACAUUUGGUGCAGUGUGAAUCUCCUCUUAAUGUUAUACACAUGCUCACUGUAGAAAAGGUGGACUCUUAUAAUAAUUAAUCUGCUUGUUACGUAUUCAUAUGUAUGUAAAUUCUUCUUUCCUAUUGUUGGGUGGCUUGCUUUAUAUCAUGUAUAUUAUAGUUCUUCUGUGUCACUUAGGAAAUAUAACAAAAUCAGACUUUCCUGGCUUUUCUCAUAAAAGAGAUUUAUUCUUCGUUCCUCGCAAAUGCAAAGUCAGUACUUACAAGGUCAUUGAUGUUAAAUAGGUCAACAGCUGAUGGUACAUGCUGGACAUUCAGAGUGUGAAGACACUCUGCCUUGAUGUUCCGUGUAUCGGUGUCUGUGUCUCAUUCUCCUAGACACUCCCUUACACAGAUAAUACAUUCUUCAUAUGUACCACCAUAAUGGCUGUGUAAGCAUUACAAAGUCAAUGCUAUUGAUACAAUAUGCUUGUUGACAAUUCUAAUAGAAACAUAGAAACAUAGAAUGUGACGGCAGAUAAGAACCAUUCGGCCCAUCUAGUCUGCCCAAUUUUCUAAAUACUUUCAUUAGUCCCUAGUCUUAUCUUAUAGUUAGGAUAGCCUUAUGCCUAUCCCACGCAUGCUUAAACUCCUUUAAUGUGUUAACCUCUACCACUUCAGCUGGAAGGCUAUUCCAUGCAUCCACUACCCUCUCAGUAAAGUAAUACUUCCUGAUAUUAUUUUUAAACCUUUGUCCCUCUAAUUUAAGACUAUGUCCUCUUGUUGUGGUAGUUUUUCUUCUUUUUAAAUAUAGUCUCCUCCUUUACUGUGUUGAUUCCCUUUAUAUAUUUAAAUGUUUCUAUCAUAUCCCCCCUGUCUCGUCUUUCCUCCAAGCUAUACAUGUUAAGAUCCUUUAAACUUUCCUGGUAAGUUUUAUCCCGCAAUCCAUGAACCAGUUUAGUAGCCCUUCUCUGAACCCUCUCUAAUGUAUCAAUAUCCUUCUGAAGAUACGGUCUCCAGUACUGUGUACAAUACUCCAAGUGAGGUGUCACCAGUGUUCUGUACAAUGGCAUGAGCACUUCCCUCUUUCUACUGCUAAUAACCCUAUUAGGUCAUCCCAUGUUCCAUGGACACUCAGAAAUAGAGAAGAGCUUGCAACACUUAUUGUCAUAUGUUCAUAUCACUCAAGAUCAAGCACACCUCAGUGUGAAAUGAAUGUAAGAGGCAUUUCCAAAUUAUAGAAUAUUUUACGCUCACAUACUCUUGUGUAUCACAUUCUUGUUGUACGUCUUAUGUAGCUUAAUCAGCAAGGGCAGGUGAGCAUGUUUAUAACAUUGCGGGAGCUGCAAGUCAUACCAUCUCUAAUGUUGUGUACAUGGUCAUUGGCUAAAAAUGUAUUUUAACAUUUUUUCUUUCCCCCAGUUUUCAAACAUACAAUGCAGUUGCCACAUUUAAAAAACCCUUAGUAAGUAUUUUUAAAAAUCCUCCUUAUUGUAUCCCUAGGGACUUCUAAAAUCAUAUCUGUGAGGAUUCUCUUGAGGUUAGGUACCCCUCUAUGCACAAUCUUUGGUUUUGUUGGCAGAUUAUCUUUUAGAAUCGGGUCCUCCAACAAUAAUUGCAAAUAAUUAACUAUUACUCAUCUCACUUUUUGAUUUUGACUUCCAGAGAAUUGGCGGAUAAAAGGUAUUUCACUAUUGAAUUCUUUAUUAUUUUUGUUUUUAUAUUCCAAUAGUUGUGCUCUAUCUAUAUCCUGUUUCUGUUCAGUCGCAGCAUUUCAGAUUUCCUCACUAAAGUCUCUAUCUUUAAAAUCUUGAAUUCUUUUUUGGCUCUGUUGGAUAAAAACCUUAUUUUCUGUACAAUUUAUUUUUAAUCUAGUCGGUUGUUUUUUAGGUACAUUGUUGAGCCACCGACUGUAGUUGCAACUAUCUGUCUGUAUGUAACUAUUUACAUCUACAGUCUUGAAUAAAGUUUUUGUCGUUAUCUUAUUUUCUUCUAUAUAUAGGGUUUGAUCAACAGAAUUGAUUUCUUUAUUGCUGUACAGGGACAUUAAGCUGAUACCCCAAUCAUUGGCGUUAAUAUAUUAAAUAAAAAGUUUGAAAAGGUACCCGUCUUACUUGAAAGACACCACCAAUGCACUACAAGCCCUCAAAGAUAAAUAGUGGAAGGAUAAUUUUCUUUUAGUUUCAGCAGAUGUUUCAUCACUAUACACCAGCAUUCAGCACAAUUUAGCAACUAAGGCAGUUAAAUAUAUUUUGGAAACUAAUUCUCCCUAUCCCCAAAGCCAAAUUAAUUCUGUUCUGGUAUAAAUCCAACUCAUAUUGGAAAACAACUACUUCUGGUUCCAGGGCAAUUUUUACCUUUAGAAGUGUGGCUCAGCAAUGGGCACCAAGUUUGCCCCCAGCUUUUUGAGAGGACUGUGGAAGAAUUAGUGCAUGGAAAGUGUUAAAAUACCACCAUUUGAAAUACCCUAGGGUGCCCACUUUUCAAAAAUAUAUGGUUUGAUGGGGGUAAAUUACAUUGGCCGGCUUCAAAAAUGCCCCACAUGGGUGCAUGAUGACCAGUUGUGAAAAUUCUGAGUUGGAAAACUGUAAUGUUCACCCUCCAAAUAAGGUCUUUUAGCUCACAGAGAACACAACACACCUAUACAUGGAUGGUAUCACUGUACUCAGGAGAUGUUGCUGAACACAUAUUGGGGUGUUCUUUGAAAGUAACACCGAACAGGAGCUGAGAAUCCAUGCCUAAAGUAGAAUGUGUGUGAAAAAUAAUAAAAAAAAUUACUACCCAAACGUUUGACAGAGACUGGUGGUAGAAUUAGUGCAUGGAAAGUAUUAAAAUACCACCAUUUGAAAUACCAUAGGGUGUCUACUUUAAAAAAAAAAAUAUGGUUUGAUGGGGUAAAUUACAUUGGCCAGCUUCAAAAAUGUCCCAAAUGGGACAUGGGUGCAUGAUGACCAGCUGUGAAAAUUCUAAGUUGGAAAACUGGAAUGCGCACCCUCCAAAUAAGGUAUUUUAUCCCCCAGAGAACUCAACACACCUAUACAUGGGUGGUAUCGCUGUACUCAGGAGAUAUUGCAGAACACAUAUUGGGGUGUUCUUUGGCAGUAACCCUUAAAGUUCUCAGUACAUGUAUUCUUAAAUUGCGUUGUGUGUCAAAAAAAAUCACAAAUAAUUUUUUUUAAAUUUGGCAUUGGUGGUAAAAUGGUUGCAUGAAAAGAUUCAAAAUACCCCAGGUUUAAUACCUUAGGUUGUCUUCUUUUAAUAAAAUAUAUACAUGUGAAGGGUUAUUCAGAGAUUCCUGACAGAUAUCAGUGUUACAAUGUAACUUGUGUUAAUUUUGAAAAAAAUUGGUUUGGAAAUAGCAAAAUGCUACUCUACUUGUACCUAUAGCCCUAUAACUUUCCAAAAAAAGCUAAGAACAUGUUAACUUUGGGCAUUUCUAAACUUAGGACAAAAUUUAGAAACUAUUUAGCACGGGUGUUUUUUGGCAGUUGUAGAUGCGUAACAGAUUUUGGGGGUCAAAGUUCAAAAAAGUGUGUUUUUAAAAAUGUUUUCAUCAUAUUUUUUUAUAGUAAAUUAUAUGAUAUGAUGAAAAUAAUGGUAUGUUUAGAAAGACCAUUUAAUGGCAAGAAAAACUGUAUUUAAUAUGUGUGGGUACAGUAAAUGAGUAAGAGGCAAAUUACAGCUAAACACAAACACCGCAGAAAUGUAAAAACAGCCCUGGUCCAUAACUGUAAAAAAAUUGAAAAACGACCUGGUCACUAAAGGGUUAAACUAGUCAUCUUUCUGUGAAAUUGUAUGAAAUCAACAACAGCAAUAAAUCAAUACCUCGGAAUAGGAAUGUAUACAUUAAUCGUUUUAUUGUUUUGCAGCUCGUCCAACCAUUAAAUCACUGGAGAAACGGGAAAGGACAGAUGGAAGGGAAGAGAUGGUUUGCUCAGUCACUGGGUUUUACCCAAACAAAAUUGCUGUAACGUUACUAAGGAAUGGAAAAGUAGCAAACGAGUCUGUCCUGAGCCAGAUUCAGACCAGUAGUGAUGGCACUUACAGUAUCAACAGAACCAUGACUUUACAGCCCAACGAAAAAUUCAACAGCCUUUCCUGUGAAGUGCAGCAUGAAUCUCUUCUAGACCUUCUAAAGAAAGAAGUCCGUCUAUUGUACGAAGGUAAGCAAAAUAACUAAUCUUACCUAUAUGUCCCAGUUAGUGAUGUCGCGAAGGCAGCUUCAACAUUGAUGCUGUCCAGGAGGUAGGAGGGUCUGGGAGGCAGGGUCUGCUGGAGAUUGGCCGGGAUGCGUCAGCUAACCGGAGUUCGCAACGAACCGUGGCGAGCCGUUCGUGGGAAGUUUGCGAACGGUUCGCGACAUCACUAGUCCCAGUUUGGUUUAUCUUCAAAACAUCAAACCAUUAAAAUAUAAAUAAAUAUAAAAACAAUCAAUAUGCCACUUUGCCCAUUGUCUCCACUGGUUUUGUUUGUAAUAAGAGACUACCUUUUAGAAGAAACCUCAGGUGUGACUGGAUAUUUAUCUUUUCUGCCAUUAGUAACAUUGUCACAGACAGGGCUUCCAUCACAAAUGUUAUGAUCCCUUACAGAGCUCAAGGCUGCUCACAGGGUUUCACUCUGAAUAUGCCCACAGGGCCGGACCCGAGUAUUUAGCUCAGCAGCAGCCUUUCAAUCUGUUCGUUGCUGAGCUUCCAUUCCCCUAAAAAAAAACAUAGAAAGCCCUUAUUCGAAAAUAUUAACCACCACCAGGGAUCACCAGGGGCCCCUGGACUACCAUAGGUUCCCCUCCAGAAACACAGGGCAUUCUUACACACAAAUACCCCAACAGCAGUGCUAUGGAAUUUGGUGGCGCUAUAUAAAUAAAAUAAUAAUAAUUACUCACAGCCCAUACCUCCCCACAUUACACAAAGCCAAUGCGCACCACACAUACAUUAUACACAGCCAACAAAGCCCAAACGCACACCACACGCACAUAUCACACACAACACACACAUACUUAACAAAGUCAGUGCUCAUGCACAGACACCAAACAUACUACACACUGCCAGCACACUAUGCGAGUCUUUAACACAUGGCAAAUGGGGCAGCUGCCCCAGGCCCACUUACUUCCUGGGUGGCCUAAAGCAGCUGUCCUGUGGCCCCGCUGCAAUCUACUACAGUAUUGAUUUUUUUCCCCAUGGGCCCGCACACUAAGGAGGCCCACGCACUAAGGACCACCCAGUAGGCAUUUGUAAGCAGGGGCCCAGUUGUGCGCUGUGGGCCCCUUGCUGUUCAUCAGCCUGGGAGGAAGAUAAAACCAAAAGUCACUUCCUCCCACAGAUAACAGAAAGCAGCAUGGGAGAGACAAAGGAGGCAGGGAGGAGGGGGUCAGGGCUGGGAGGGCUAGUCGCUAACUCCCAACAGCCUCAGACACCACUCAGGACACCAGGGAGGCAGGAAAUGGGAGGUGGGUUUAAAAGUGUAUAAUUUGCAUGUGUGAAUGUGCGUUAGUUUGUCUGUCAGAAUAUUUGUGUGUCAGUAUGUCUGUCAGUGCAUGUGUCGGCUUGUGUCAGCCAGUAUUUGAAUAUAGAAAAGAAUCCAGGCACUCCAGCGAAUUCCAAAAUAUAGGCAAUCUUUAUUGGAGCAAGGAAUCAAACAGCAACGUUUCGACCCCUUAGGACCUUUGUCAAGUGGGUCGAAACGUUGCUGUUUGAUUCCUUGCUCCAAUAAAGAUUGCCUAUAUUUUGGAAUUCGCUGGAGUGCCUGGAUUCUUUUCUAUAUUCAGAUGCUACAAUUGGUCCUUUUUGGUACUGGGACUUAUCCACUAGAGCACCCUGAAUUCCAGACGAAGGAUUGAGUGCACUUCCAUCACCUACAUAUGUGUCAGCCAGUAUGUCUGUCAGUGUAUGUAUCUGUGUGUGUCAGUAUGUCUGUCGGUGUGUAUGUGUCUGUGUGUGUCAGUAUGUCUGUCAGUGUAUAUGUGUGUGUCAGUAUGUCUGUCAGUGUAUGUAUCUGUGUGUGUCAGUAUGUCUGUCGGUGUGUAUGUGUGUGUGGCAGUAUGUUUAUUAGUGUAUGUCUUUGUGUCAGCAUGUCUGUCCGUAUGUCUGCUGCUUGUCCUUGUUCUCACACUGUUCUUUCAGGCAAUCAGGAGCAACCCAGAUAUCAUGCCUCCAUUCAAGCCAGAAGCUGUAGCUCUGCAUGCUGUUAGACUAAAAAAAAACAAAAAAACAAGCAGUCUGCUGACAUCAUCAGAAGUGGUGGCCUGAUCCAAUCACAAUGCUUUCCCAUAGGAUUGGCUGAGACUGACAAGGAGGCAGAUCAGGGCAGAGCCAGCAUGAUUCAAACACAGCCCUGGCCAAUCAGCAUCUCCUCUUUCUUCGUGAUUGACAGAUGACUCUCUCUGCCUUAGUGUUGCAUUUCUCUCUUUGGUUUGGUAGUGAAUGUGUCUCUUUUCUAAGAGACAGAUGUCUCACCAUAUAAGUGAAGAUGUCUUCCUGUUAUUGUGAUGUGUGUCUUUCAGCUAUUUUGUUUUCUAUGAGUGCCUUGUCCCGUAACAUGUCUGUACAGUACGGACUCCUUUCAUCAUAUUAAUGUUUGAUGAGAUAUCUCAUAUCUUUCCUCAAUGUUCAUCUCCUGAACAACCAAUGGGCAGUAAGUAUUGCUUGUUAUGAGUGAUGACAAUCAUUUAGUUUGAAGCACAAUGCAGUUUUAUUGAAACUUAAAAGAGUGAUUUACAUUUAAAAUUAAAUAUUACCAUUUAUUUCAAACCCUACAGGACAAAAUAACAAUCAGUCUCUAAUCAUCGGAUUGGUCGUUGCUGGGAUCAUUGUGGCUGUGUUUAUAACAGGUUUUGUAGUAUAUACACAGAAAAGGAAGAAAGGUAAGAAUUUUUUCUAUUUUGAUUUAUUUAUUUCAUUUUUUUAUUAUCCUACAACUCCAUCAGAAUACCAUGCAUGAAUUGUAGUGAUAUGAAGGUAUAACAUGUUGUUUACAUUACAUGUAUGUUUGGUUAUUAAUAUCUCAGGAAUUGGUUUGUCCAGAUACUCAUUUUUUGCAGUUGUUUACAUAUUAUAAUGGUGACAUUUUUAUAAAUAGUUACCCCUAUUUAUCUGUUUUCACAAGAGAAUACCUCAUUGACCACAAACAAUUGAAUUAAUCUAAUAUAUAAAACUGCAAAGGUUGUUUUUAUUCUAUUAAUGAUUAUAAAAAUAAAAUAUACCAUCUUUAUAUAGACAUAAUGGCCAUCUAUAGUAACUACAGCAACAAAUUUGCCCUCCUGUCCUUCUCUGGCCAUUUGAAUACAACCAUGGAGUUAGACUUACAAAUGUUGCUCUGUGUGAGCAGACAUUAUUGGCAGUCAGCCGGUAAAACGUAGCCACAGUGUUUGGCAAACAGUCGGUAUUUUGUAGCCACUAAUAGUUACUGGCUAUUGUUAACAGAGACAGCUUGCAGUAACUAUUUACUGACACACUUCAAUUUAAUAAGCUUUCAAAAUUAAUCAACACAGUUAGACAAACUGUCCAAUUAUUUAUCUACAGAUAUCUAGCUACCAGAUGCUAUAAUCGCAACAGCUUAACUAUUUACUGACAAUAUUGGAGACACUAACCUGCUGUUUCUAUUGUGUAAAUUAAAGUGUUCUCUUUAUUUGAAAGGUUUGCUGCAGUUUAUGGUGGGUGACAUUCAGGGUCCUCAGACCUGGAUUGAUGGAGAGAAGAUCACUCUGUACUGUACGUCUAACUGUACUCCCAACACUGAGGUUAAAUGGACCAUACAGGAUAAAGAUGGGAACAGCGUUACGAUUUCUGACAUUGUGACAAAGGACGCAGAGGAGAAACAGCCGCUCAUGUCAGCAGAAUAUCUGAUAAACAGCGAAAAGAAGGAUAAACCAGGAAAAAAAGUUUGUGAUUUUACCAGCUCUCUGAGUUUUAUCCCAUCUUUAUCAAGACAUCUUAACUCAGCCGUGACGUGCGAGUUUACCUGCGCUGAGAAAACCGAGCAGAAAUCAUUCAAAUACAAAUCGAUUUACGGUAAGGAACAAGUCAAAGCUCAUAUCGUGAAGAGGAUUUUACUGUAAAUAAUUGUGGAAGUUAAAGCUAAUAACAAUGAGGGUAAUUAGCUAAACACAGAAUUGUAAUAAACUGAAAUUCAGAUUGCAACACAUAUUCAAAACUUGCUGAUUUGUACACAUUUUCCAACUCAGCUAUAGUCACAGUUUGGCUGUUUUUGUUUUGCAAUUUGAAUUUCGAUUCACUUUAACUUAAUGUUUAGUGAAUAAACUCCAUUGACUCGGAGACUGCUCAUGCUAAGUUACUCCAAACACACAGAAAUACCCAUCACUCCUUUUAAUAAACUGCAUCCAUUGCAAUCCAACCAAACCAAGGUCCCUGCACCCUUACUAUGUAUCGAAUAGGUUGUACUUAUUGGUGUUUUUAUUUUUCAAAGUAAUAUAGCAACAGCAAGAGAUAUCAUUAUUGGACUCCAUGCAAAUCGCACAGAGGGUAUAGACCGUACAAGCAUACUUAGGUGAUAACAUCCACUGUAAAUUAUCAGCAGAAGCAACAGAGGUCUUGGAGGCCCCCUUGAUGAUAGAGGAACUAGUGGCAGUGAUCAAGAUGAUGAAACCAGGCAAGAGCCCAGGCCCAGACAGACUGGCGAUACGUUAUUAUGUUUUUAGGACAUUUUUCUCCCACAUUUUCUGUCUGCAUACAAUUCACUAACUCAGGGCUGGAGACUACCCCCUCAGGGGCCUGUGGCUAGUGUAGCCCUGAUACCCAAAGAGGGUAAGGAUAUGGAACAAUGUGCCAAUUAUCAGCCUAUUUCCCUUUUAAACUGUGACCUGAAGCUCUUUGCCAAAAUCCUUACCCUUCCUCAUGAAGCCAGACCAAGUGGGCUUUAUCCCUCACUGUGAAGCUAGGGACAACACCUCAAUUGCUCUGUUCAUGAUUCAUAUGUGUGAGGGCCUUCUUCUGCUAUCUACCGAUGCAGAGAAGGCUUUUGACAGAGUUGGGACUUCCCUUUUUGCACCCUUCAUGCACUGGGAAUGGGACCAAAUAUGUGCGCAUGGAUCAAGGCAUUAUAUGUUGCACCCUCAAUGAGGGUGCUUUCACUGACACUUUCAGAAUCCACAGCGGAAUCAGACAAGGCUGUCCGCUGUCAUCACUGCUGCUUGUCCUUGUUCUCAAACUGUUCUUUCAGGCAAUCAGGAGCAACCCAGACAUCAAAGGUAUCGAGGUGGGCUGCAUAUGCGGAUGACCUGAUCUUUUUUUCCCCAGGCAUGGAACACCGCGCAUUCACAUGCUUGCUACCACAAUCAUAUAUUCAAGCUAGACACCUAAUGGUAGGGGACAAGAUCAGACCCCUUUGUGACUUUACAGACGGUACACAUACCACAUAUCUACACAGACUGAAAUACGAACAACUACGACAAUUCAAAAGCCAUAUCCCACAGAAACCCGACCUAUGCAGGACACUGACCCCAUUUGAACUUUUGAGUGAGGACCCAGGUUUCACUCUUACAUGCAAUAUCCCACAUAUACUCCCUGCUCCCACGUACUAGGAACCUCCCAUCUCCUCAGUACAUGGGCAAUUAGUAAACCAUGAUUGCGGACACUUUUACUGAACAGCAAUGGGGCAAGAUAUGUGACUUGGUGCACCACUGUGCGCUAGCAAAGCAAAACCCAAGAGACAGCCUACAAGGUUCUAUACUUGUGGUACAGAACCCUGCAGCUUCUGCUGAAUAUGAACCCAGACCUGAACGAUAGAUACUGGUGAUGCCACGCAGGCGUAGGCAUGUUCUUGCACAUCUGGUGGGACUGCCCUAGGGUUAUACCUUAUUGGAGGGCAAUAAGUAAGGUCUUGCAAACGCUCUAUAACAAUUCCCCCCCUUUUAGACCUGCUGCCUACCUCCUACACAACACUGACGGCCAUAUACAAGAAAUCUUUAACUGUCAGAAUAUUAAACACUCUACGGUCUACUACGCAGACUUUCAGAAUUUGCUAAAAGGGGUGACAAUUUGGAAACCUAGGAGAUGAGAGAGAUGUCACUCAAGAGCAGAGACAGACUUAGUUGAAGGUCUCGGGUCACCGGUCCAGGCGGGACAGGGGUUGACAACCCACUACUUUGACAAAUCUGUUGCUCCCAAUCAGAUCACCCCCAUGAGGGAGUUCUCAGAGAGUGGAUACGGGACCGUUGUCACAUGGGAAGUUGUUUGGAGACGGCACAUUGAGAUGCUAAUUUUAAUGAAUAAUUAAUAGCCAUAUCCUUUUCACUACAAGAGUAUAGGUUUGGACUGUUUUAUUCCUUUUGACAUGACCUUCGAGCACUAUACAGUAAAGCACGGUCCCACAGAACACAUAGGGCUACACCACCCACGUUGAUUGAGUUAUUGCAUUCUGUUAUUUCUAAUGUUACCUCAAACUUACACAAGGUCUGUAAUUGAUAAUUCUUAUUGAUUUGCUUCCUGCUUCCCUGCAUGGCCAUAUAAAAGAGAGAAAUUGUGACUUUCAGAGACCUGCAUGUCCUACUAUUCUGCAUUUUGAUAUUGCUUUUGAAUUCUAAUAAAACUUUAAUUCACACAAAAAAAGGAACUAUAGAUGUAACUUGGAAAAAAGUAUUGUAGACAACACACAGGGUAAUACUGUUAAAAACAACACCCCAAGAAAAGAUAUAUAUUGCAGUGACAAAAUGUCUGGUCAGUCUGAUAUGGAUAUAAUAAGGGUUUACUCUGUGAUCUCGUUUUGUGUAUUUGUUUAAUUGCCCUUGAAAGUUGCAGGGUGCAGUCACAGAGCUGGUAAUUAACAUGUUAUAAGGUUAUUCACUAAAGUAAGAAUUGCAAGAAGGUUACAAUCUAAUUUAAGGCCAAAAUUGCCAAACUGUAAAAGGAAAUGACUAAAUUUUGCUAUUUUAACUUAAAUUUUAAAUUCUAUUUAAAUUCCUAUUUUAGCAUUUCUCACGGUAGUGAAAAACCCUGAAAUCUUACAAUCCAGCAAAUAUGAGUCGGGAUAUUUACUAAAGUGAACUUGAGUUUAUGUAGAUUUUCCAUCAGCCUUGUCUUGCUAUGUUUUGUUCUGUUUGCGGAUAACUUCUGGUCCAUUUAAACUCUGCAGAUAUCAAGUUUGGAGUUUCCAUUAACGCUUUUAUCAUUCUGGCUGUGAAUUUGUUAAAUUAUAUUGGUGACGGCUUCCUUGAUUUUUUUUGACCUUUUGACCCUGCGUUACAGCCAAACCCCAGUUCAUUGAGCCAGCUGAGUUCACUAUCUGCAAUACUGAAGAAGUUCAACUCUGCAUCAACCUGCGCAAGUUUUAUCCGAAACACAUUGACAUUAGCUGGAGCUGUGACCAUCGGCAACUUCCUGAUAUAAAGAACCCGGAAUGUACAAUGAAUUCUGAUGGAACUUACAAUACUGUGAUCAGACAGCCUAUCCCUGCUGCUUGGUUCAGUGAUCCCAACUGUAAAGUCCGUGUGACAUGGAGACAUGUAUCUAUGGAGUCACCUGAACAUAGGGAGUUCUCUGUUAAAGGUAUGAGAGGAAUUACACAAACACACUUUACUCAUUGUUGGUUUUAGAAGAUGAUGACAUACCAACCUACAUCAGGAGGUCCUAAAUUGUGACAGGAGAUGGGACAGGUCUAUGAGGGCAUUUCAGUCUGAUGCCACUUACGUCACUGGCAAUGUCCAGGAUGGGUGAUCAUGCCUGGAUAGGGUGCAGGGCUGCCCAAAGAAGAGGCACAUUAGUUUGGUUUGAACACACAGCAGACUGAAUGACAGCUCACUUAAAAUCAGGCUAGUUCCACCAGAUCCUGGACUGUGGGGAGAUGUGUGCAUGAGGAAACCUCAGCUCCACUUCCUACCUGUCAGAUCCCUAUGUCCAUACAGCACAAAAGUAGGGAAGCUUUACAGCAGGAGACAUUAGAUUAAAAAAUGUGUUUUGCAGAGGAAUUGGGGGAAGGGGGAGUAAGAAGAAAAGGAAGGCGGAGGAGGAGGACAGGGGGUAAAAGACAUUGUCACGUUACAUACAUAAAUGUUUAUAAUGAUGUCAGCACAAUUUCCCCAUGAAUUUGGGUUUAGCUCAGUAAUCGUGGUGGCAGUCACUCACCCUCUCUACAUCACAUUCAAUGUGAAACAAGGUUAUGCAGUCAGGUCAUUAUUUGGUUCCAUCUGUGGGUGCCCCCUUCCAAGCUUCUAUGCUCAGGUAAAGUUUUAUCAGAUAGAAUCAAGGAACCGAGUAGCUUCUCUGUUGAGGGAAGGCGUGUAGUACAAUGCAAUAGUACAAUGCAAAUAGUACAAUGCAACGAGGGGGUUUGGUCCUGCCAGCCCAAGGUCUUAACUCACCUGUGGAUUUGGCGUAUUCGCUCAAUUUGCAGACUGGGGGGUAAGCAACUAUAUACAAAGCAAUGGUACAUAUCUUAGUUUGCUUUACAAGUUAGGAUGUACCGAUCUCCGUGUUUUCCAUGCCACUAGUGCUGUUUGGGUAGGGUGGCAAAUGCACCGAAAGCACCGUUCAUAUGUGUGUUGACUAUUUCUUCCAGUAGCAUGGCCAUAGUCGGAGUUUGCAAGAAUUUCCAAGACCUUGCUUUUAGUAUUUGUGCUGUCAACAGCCUGUGGUAGAUCAGUUUUUGAUUAUGCUUGGUUACUCCCGGUGGUGUAUGCAGUAAUAAAUAAGUAAGUGGGUGUAGAGGUAGCCGGCAGUCAGUGAUAUCUUCCAAGAUGACAGAGUGCCAAAAUUGUGUGAUCAUCGGACACUGCCACCAUAUUUGUAGAAUUAAGCCAUCUCUCUUGCAUCUCAAACACAGCGGAGAGCUGUCAGGGAAUAAUUUGUGGAUUCGAUCUGGUACCAUAUACCACCUGUACUCCAUUGUCUACUGUUGUUCCAUAAGGGUAGGGGAUUUAAGGAGCUGUUUGGGGUUUUAAAAAAUGUUUUCCCAUAGUUUUGUGUUAUCACACACUGUAGCCCAUAGUUGAGCAGGUUUAGAGUUAAGAAACGGCAAGUUGUCUAGCAGCAUUUUCUAACACAUGGAGAUGAAUUUACAAAGCGGUAUCAGUUUCCCUUUGAUACAAAUCUGUUCCCAUGGGGUGAUUUCCUGGGUUUUGAGUGAGGACUUAUGGAUUCUGGUAUUUGCCUGCUUCAGAAAAGAGUGUAGUUGUAUUUAGGAGAAUUGGGACGCCUGGGGGACACCAAAAGUGGACCGUAGGCUGGAGAAGGGCAGGAGUUGAUUUUUCAGACAUAGGUGAUACAGGUGAAUGGCCCCUCUCUCCUGCCACGGCUUAGCUUGGAAAGUGGGUAUGUAAUAUGGGAGGGCCGAUAUAGGCAUUGCUAGGGACAGCUGGCCAGACUGCUUAGUGCAGAUCUGUGUCUAUCCCAUACUUUUAUAGUAAGUGCUACCUGUGCAGGGGCAUCCGGUAUGGGUGGUCUAACUUAUUUAGGUAGCCACAGAACACUAGGAAGGUCAUGUGGGUGUAUGAGUGCUCGUCCCAGGACCACCCAUUGGAGAGGAGGCCGACCUAGGAAGUGUUGUAGGGCUGAGGCCAGGAUAGAUGCAUAGUAGUACGUUCUCACCUGAGGGACCGCCAAUCCCCCCUCAUUAAAUGGGGCCUGUAUAAGUUUCAACGCCACUCUGGGUCUACCUUGUCAUGUCUGUUUGGAUAUUUUUAAAAAAGGAAAGGGGAGACAGUGGAUGGGUGCCAAAAAUAUUUUGUAGUCUGGGGAGUAUGGACAUUUUAAGAGCCACGAUCCAUUCCAGCUAUGUCAGAAAUAGGGUCUUUCACUGAGUGAGUAUUUUUUUGCAGUCGUUCCAGACUCUUAUAUAAUUCUCUGGGUAGAGGUCAGUCACCCUUUUAGUAAACACCAACCCAAUCUUUCCUCCACUCAAACUUAUAGGCCCCUCGGAGGCACUCUAUUUCCAAGGCAGGGUUGACACUUUUUAUUGUACUCUCAGUGCAAAUAUAUAUAAAACAAGAUAAAUUAUGCUUUUGUAGGGAUAUUUUUUUACAGAAUUUAUAUUUAUAUAUGCAAAGUUUUACACAAGAAACGCAAAAUGAAAUGUUAUCUUCAUGUAUCAGUGGGUGUAACUUUAUUACACUGUGGCGGAACCAACCUCCCCACUGGCCACUGGAGGAGGAGCCUGGUCACCCACCUCCUGCCACUGGACUAUGGCCCCAUGUUUAACACUGUUCUUUUUCCCUGCAGAGAGGCUAGUUUGUGCCUUAACACAGUAAAGGAGUUUAAGCAUGCAUGGGAUAGGCAUAAGGCUAUCCUAACCAUAAGAUAAGGCUAGGGACUAAUGAAAGUUUUUAGAAAAUUGGGCAGACUAGAUGGGCCGAAUGGUUCUUAUCUGCCGUCACAUUCUAUGUUUCUAUGUUUCUAUGUUUCUAUGUUUCUUCAGACUGUUAAAGCCAUGCUACCCCAGAUAGCUAUGCCAUGGAGCCCAGCCGUAUGCUGAAAGACUGUAUGAAAGACUUUGGCUCCAUGGCGAUUGAACUGUAUGUAUGUAAUCUGAGCGCCAUUCAGUAAUAAUGUGCGCUCAGAUCUAAGCUAUCUGGGGACAGGUAGAAUGUGUAUGUUCUAUGUGAUAAAUGUAACAGUAUGUAUUUUAAUAUCUUUUAUUGUCCUUUGUCUGCCAUGUGGUUAAUGGAGUUUUGCCUCUGUCCUUGGAGCUAAUUGGAUUACUUCCCAAUACCUCCAGGACAGAGAGGAGGGAUUGUGAUGCAUUGUGGGAUUGUAAGCUUGUGAUUGGUCAAUGUCCAAUAUGUUGCCCAGUCUUCCAUCUGGUCCCCUAGGGGAGUGUCCACCAGGUGGGAGACCUGCAUAAAAGCCGGGCAGGUAGCCCCAGUAAAUCAGUUCUGCUUGACCCUCAAACAAAGUGUCGUCUCGUUCUUGAGGGGAAUUGGAUUGUAUGCUGUUACAGUGCGACUGCCAGUAGUGUAAGCUGUUCGUAUGGUUUUUCCUGUUCGACUGUUUACAGCAUUCGUGUGUUUCCUGUUCGGGAGUUUGGAGCAUUCCCCUGGUUCCAGGUCGGGAGAUUGGUGAAUUCAUGUGUUUGCAAUUCGGGAGAUUGGUGAAUUCAUGUGUUUGCAAUUCGGGAGAUUGGUGAAUUCAUGUGUUUGCAAUUCGGGAGAUUGGUGAUUGCAGUAGCUGCCUGUACAUCUGAAAAGGGGAAUAUCGGCUAAACGGUUUUUAACCUCUUGUGUGCAAAACGGUCCUUUACAUACACCCACUGAUAGUGGGAGAAAAUAAUAUAGUGUAAUAUAUAAUACAAGAGGUGAAGCUGAAAUGCUCCUAUUAGUUGGAGAGGGCACCACAUCACGUAUAUCCCUAGAGUGGGGAUCAUACCACUCCACACUGUCAAAAUGAGCCACAUAUUAGGCUCUAUUAAAUGUGCAACUAUUUCCUAUUUUUUUAAAUUUAUUUUGUAAUACUUGAGUAUUAUAAAAUACUACAUUAUAUUAUAUUGUAUUGUUCAUUUUUGUGUUCUGUUCCAUAUCCCUGGACCACCCAUUGAGAUCAAAAGACUCAUUGCAAUAUCCUUAGGCAGGAAUUGUAGAGCUCAAGCAAAACCAAUAGGGGCAUUUCAGAUCCAUUUCUUGUAAGUGCAUUUCUUUUCCACCUCCACUACAUCAUACUUCUCCUGGUUAAGAGAGACUCCGGCCUGGAUUGUCCGAGUUGCCUUCUUGAAAGGACCAGUAUCUCUUUAGCACUGAAUUCCACUCUUUGGUUGACCAAUAGAGGAAAAAAAGGAGGACUAAAAAAUCUUUAUCUUAUUUGUUAUCCAGAUACGUUUUUCAUUAUUGAAAUUCUGCUGGUUUGAUCCAACAUAUGGCCAAAAUAUAGCUGUCCCCCCCAAAAAAUAUUUUCAGGAAGAAUGGUUUGUCUGAACUGGAUUUUCUUGCUGAGCAGAAGUCUUCUCGUUACUCUGCCGGGUUGAAAUGGCACUGUCUGUAAAACAUUGACUAUUAUUAAUCCUGGGCUGGUUUCUGUGAUCUCUAGCUAUGAUCUGGUGAAUUAUAAUUUAUGCUAAUUGCAGAAUAUAUCCUAUAAUAUGUCCUAUAUUGUAUCUAUGUUACAUUCUCCAGUCUCCUAUGUCAUCAAAGUACUUUACUGUAACCGGCAGUUUUCCAUUUCAGCAGGAUUAGUAUUGGCCUUGAGUUACGUUGUUUAGUUGAAAGCCAAAGCUCUGAGAAAUGUUUGUAGCAUUCUUACCCCUCCUUAUCUAUGUGUCUUCUAGAUCUGCCAUGGCAUCCAGAGAUUGGAGACAUCAACAUUCAAAAGUCCUCUGGCAGCAGUAAUAUUGAAUUGCAAUGUAAAAUCUAUCAUUUCUUCCCUGAUUUACUAACAGUAAAGUGGUAUGAGAAGAAAAAAGGAGGCCAGGAGGUUCAUGUGACAGACAGCGAUAAAUACAAAAUCUCUGAAAUCAGAGAAAGGGACGCCAAUCUUACUUUCUCCUCUAACCCGUCACUGUCUUUUGAAAAGUCCUUCAUUGCAGAGGAGGAAGUGGAGUUUAUCUGUCGUGUGGAACAUCCAUGUAUGAAGAAUCCUAUCCUGUCCAGCACAGGACUGCUACAAGUUACUGGUAAAUGUGUUUGA